AUGUUUAUCAUCUCCCUCCUUCAAGACACUCUUAGUGUCGAGCCUUCCCUCCUUGGGAGGCCCUUGGAGCCCGUGUUGAGGGAAACCAUAGCCUUCAAGUACACCAACCGAGUGUUAAAAGACUUGGGCUUAUUUAUCUGCCUAUAUGAAAUAACGGAGGUUACUGGUGCCCCUAUCCUCCGUAAUACGGGGAAGGCUCGUUACAAUGUUUGCUUCAAGGCCGUCAUAUUCAGGCCUUUUAUAGGGGAGGUUUUGCAAGGAAUUGUUCGCGAAUCUUCUUCUACUGGCAUAGCUGUGGAUAUGGAGUUUUUUAAGGACGUAAAGAUCCCAGCAUCGAACCUCCGGGAGCCCAAGGCAUGCGAGGAAUCAGCAGCAACACCAGCAGCAGCAGCAGCAGCAGCAGCAGCAGCAGCAGCAGCAGCAGCAGCAGCAGCAGGAUCGGACGCAGGAGCAUCAGAUCCAUCAUCAUCAUCAGCAGCAGCAGCAGGAGCAGCAGCAGCAGCAGCAGCAGCAGCAGCAGAUGGUAAGCCUAGUACUGCUGCAGUCUGGUCUUGGUGCUUCGAAGGCCAUCGUCUUACUUAUGACUUAGGUGCUCCUAUUAGAUUCAAGGUAGCUGAUGUUGUAUUUGCUAGAGAAGAAGCUCAAAAGAAGUAUACUCUCGUUGCAAGCGAGGAGACCUACAUACCGCCAAUGGUUGUUAUUUAG